AUGGCAUCGCUAUUGCAACAAAGAUUGAACCUUGAAGAAUCAGUCUUCAAGCAUGGACACAACACACCUGACGCUGCGAAAGAGAAGGGAAAUAAUUAUGCAACAACAUUGAUAUCUGACGUGGCUGGAAAGGAGAAACCAGAAGACAUGAAAAUUGUUGAACGGAAAGAAGUAUCUGCUGGUCACACAGCAGUGCUGGACAGAAACGUUGUCUCAAAGAACUGCGAUCUUGGAGAAGCAAGAUUGAAAAUAGACACACAAAGAUGA